AUGCGCGUGGUUGUGAUCGGAGCGGGCGUCAUCGGGUUGUCCACCGCCCUGUGCAUCCAUGAGUGCUAUCGCUCGGUCCUACAGUCGCUGAAUGUGAUGGUCUAUGCAGACCGCUUCACCCCACUCACCACCACCGACGUGGCUGCCGGCCUCUGGCAGCCCUACCUCUCGGAGCCCAGCAACCCACAGGAGGCGCACUGGAACCAGCAGACCUUCAACUAUCUCUUGAGCCUCAUCGGUUCUCCCAACGCCGCAAACAUGGGCCUGGCCCCGGUCUCAGGCUACAACCUCUUCCGUGAAGCCGUUCCGGACCCUUACUGGAAGGAUAUAGUUCUGGGAUUUCGGAAGCUGACUCCGAGAGAGCUGGACAUGUUUCCUGAUUACAGCUAUGGCUGGUUCAACACAAGCCUGAUUCUGGAGGGGAGGAAGUAUCUGCAGUGGCUGACUGAAAGGUUAACUGAGAGAGGAGUGAAAUUCUUCCUGCGGAAGGUGGAGUCUUUUGAGGAGGUGGUAAGAGAAGGCGCUGAUGUGAUUAUCAACUGCACUGGGGUGUGGGCUGGGGCGCUGCAACCAGAUCCCCUGCUGCAGCCAGGCCGAGGGCAGAUCAUUAAGGUGGAUGCACCAUGGUUGAAACACUUCGUUAUCACCCAUGACCCUGAGAGAGGCAUCUACAAGUCUCCAUACAUCAUCCCAGGGCUCCAGGCAAUAACUCUUGGCGGCAUCUUCCAGCUGGGGAACUGGAGUGAGACAAAUAACAUCCCAGAUCACAACACCAUUUGGGAAGGCUGCUGCAGACUGGAGCCCACACUGAAGGAUGCAAAAAUUAUCGGUGAAUGGUCUGGCUUCCGGCCAGUACGCCCCCAGGUUCGACUAGAAAGAGAACAGCUUCGCUUUGGAUCUUCAAACACAGAGGUCAUCCACAACUAUGGCCAUGGAGGCUUCGGGCUCACCAUCCACUGGGGCUGUGCCCAAGAGGUGGCCAAGCUCUUUGGGAAAAUUCUGGAAGAAAGGAAUUUGCUCAGGACACCACCAUCCCACCUCUGA